GUGGACUCGAGCGAGGCGUGGGACUUCCACAACUUACCGGACUGGGACGAUGAUCUGUACGAUGAGGAUGACAUGCUCGCAUUCGCUUCUGCUUUGGCUGCUCCAGAACCUUCGCCUUCAGAAGAGGAUCUUCGUAACCCUCAGCAUAAGCCGGGUAUGGAGUUCAUCACAGCUCUCAACGACUGGCGACCGAUACGCCAGAGAGUGCGAAGUAGCAACCCUUCCAAGCCCAGCCAUGCCAGCAGCAAAGCCAAGCGACGAAAAAAGCCACGACGAGGCAAAGACGAGACUCGAGAGGGGUGGACAUACUCGGUUCUCAAAUAUCCGUUCUUGCUUACAGUUUUCGUGUGGAUUGCUUGUCUUGGAGCAUCGUACUUCGCUACGAGGCUCUACAUCUACGUUUACGAGCAAUGGUUCGCGUGGCGAGGGAAGAAAGCCCGACUUCGAAAGCGUCUGCGAGAGCAGACUACGUACGAGGAUUGGGUGAAGGCUGCCAAGGAACUUGAUACGUACCUUGGCAGUGACAAGUGGAAGGCCGAGGACGAGUACGCAUACUACGACGACAGGACGAUCAGUAGAGUGCUGAGGCAGAUGAGAGAUCUUCGCGAACAGGCUGAGGAGCAAGAUGGGCGACCAACAGCCAAAGGGAUGGAGGGACACAGACCGAUCGAUGACCUAAGUGGACUGUUGGAAGCUUGCGUGAAGAAUAACUUCGCUGGUUUUGAAAACCCUAGACUAUACUCUGAGACUUAUUACGGCACGAAAGAUCUUGUGCAGGACUACGUGGACGAAGUCUCAGCCACAUUAAAGUUCCUGCUUUCAGCCAGACAGCUUACGCAAGAGAACAAGCGCAACCUCUUCCAGCAUCUGAGCACCAACUUUGGCCGCACAGCUUUGUGUCUGAGUGGGGGCGCAACUUUCGCGUACUACCAUUUCGGAAUAGCCAAAGCGCUCCUUGAAGCGGACCAACUGCCAACAAUCAUCACGGGUACCUCUGGCGGCGCGCUCGUUGCAGCCCUUUUGACCACUCGCACAGAUGACGAACUACGCAAACUGCUCAUUCCAGCCCUGGCCUACCGGAUCAGAGCUUGUAGCGAGCCAAUGCGCGUAUGGGUACCACGCUACUGGCGGACCGGCGCUCGUUUCGACAACGUAGACUGGGCGAAACGAUGCUCCUGGUUCUGCAAUGGCUCUCUCACCUUCCUGGAAGCGUAUCAACGCACUGGCCGAAUACUAAACGUCAGCUGUGUUCCAUCUGACCCGCAUAGCCCAAGCAUUCUUGCUAAUUAUCUUACCGCACCGGACUGUGUGAUCUGGUCUGCAGUUUUGGCCUCGGCAGCCGUACCAGGGAUCCUUAACCCUGUGAUUUUGAUGCGAAAGAACCGUGCAGGCAAGCUCGAGCCUUACAGUUUCGGCCACAAGUGGAAAGAUGGCAGCUUGCGAACAGACAUACCACUCAAGAGCCUCAACUUGCACUUCAAUGUUAACUUUUCCAUUGUCUCGCAAGUGAACCCGCAUAUCAGCUUGUUCUUCUUCUCUUCUCGCGGCACUGUUGGACGACCGGUGACUCACCGUCGUGGCCGCGGCUGGCGAGGUGGCUUCCUCGGCUCAGCAAUCGAGCAGUAUCUCAAGCUUGACCUGAACAAGUGGCUGAAAGUUCUGCGGCAUCUGGAGUUACUGCCACGUCCGUUAGGUCAGGACUGGUCUGAAGUCUACCUUCAGCGCUUCAGCGGCACCGUCACCAUAUGGCCGAGAACCAAAUUAUCUGACUUUUGGUACAUCCUCUCCGAUCCAACAAUGGAACGCUUGGCGCGCAUGCUUCACUACGGUCAGCUUGCGGCCUGGCCGAAGCUCAAGUUCAUCAGCAACCGCAUGGCUAUCGAGAAAGUUAUUGAGACUGCUCGCGAGGAACUGCGGCCUCCAACGCAACCUCUUCCAACGCCCUUGCCGAAUGACCGUAGCUUAAGGAAUGUGCUGAGUGAAGAAGACCUGCAGACUCUGCUUGAUCGCGCG